UUCUCUUUCCCGCAGGAGCCACCAUGGACCUGGUCCUGGCUGCUGCCGACCAGCACAUCCUCACACCCUACGUGUACCCCUCCGGCUGGCCCGAAGGCGAGCCCUUCCGCCAGCUCCUCAGCCUCUUCGUCAUCACCAACCUGGGGGCCCUCGCCCUCUACCUCCUCUUUGGCACCCUCAGCUACUACUUCAUCUUUGACCAUGAACUCAAGAAACAUCCUCAGUUCCUAGAGAACCAAGUGCAGCGGGAGAUCACCUACGCGCUGCGCUCCCUGCCCUGGAUCAGCGUGCCCACUGUCGCCCUGUUCUUCGCCGAGGUGCGGGGCUACAGCAAGCUGUAUGACAACAUCCAGGACUCCCCGUAUGGCUGGUCCGGUGUCUUCCUCAGCAUGCUGUCCUUCCUAUUCUUCACUGACAUGGGCAUCUACUGGAUACACCGUGGUCUCCACCACAAACUGUUCUAUAAGCGCUUCCACAAGCCCCACCACCUCUGGAAGAUUGCGACGCCUUUCGCCAGCCAUGCUUUCCACCCUGUCGAUGGCUUCAUGCAGAGCCUGCCCUACCACAUCUACCCCUUCCUCUUCCCCCUACACAAAGUCACCUACUUGGGCCUCUACAUCUUCGUCAACGUCUGGACCAUCUCCAUUCACGAUGGCGACUACCGCGUGCCUCGCCUCCUGCGGCACAUCAUCAACGGCUCGGCCCACCACACCGACCACCACUUGUACUUUGACUACAACUAUGGGCAGUACUUCACCCUCUGGGACAAGAUCGGUGGCUCCUACAAGAGCCCCACGGCCUUUGAGGGCAAAGGCCCCCACGAUUACUUGCGCAAGCUCCGAGAGAAAGAGCCGGGGGUACCCAAUGGUGUCCCGGCUUCCAAAACUGAGUAGGCUUUCCCAGCCUAUUCCUUCUCUGGGAUGAGGUUCCCCGGCCGCAUCUCAUCCUGUUCCUCCCUGGCCUUGAGACUACUUUCCUACGGGCAAAGAGCCCCUGUCCCUUGAUGGCAUGAAUGACACAGGAUGAUUCGUGGUGAGAACUCUAGCCUUCUUCCCUGCUCCCGAAACGGCGGAGUCCAGCCUCACUCUACAUUACAGACCUGCCCUGCUCCCCCUGUUCCAAUUCAGCUGCCUUUGGAUCUCUACUAAGGUCCCUUCAGUACUGUGCUGCUGCUUUACAAAAAGAACAAUGGCACAGAUAGAACAAUAACAUGGCACAAGCAGAACAAUAACACGCUCGCAGCAGGGUCUCCAUUUGUGUGUGCUCCAUGCCUUUGUCGCCGAUCCGCCGCUGCCAACACAGAGUCCAUUGGGAUGAGUGCAGUCAAGUCCGGCCAAGAUGCUGAAGAUGCUGCUUUUUGGUUUUCUGUCUCUUUUGAGCUGUGUGUCACGAAAAAAAGCCGCAAACACCAACCUUUUGGAAUUAUGUGGAUCCUCCCCAUGGCUCCUCAGUGCGGCCUCAGGACGCAGCGUGAUUCCUCAGUGCUCGACAUGCUCUCAUCCUUCUUCUCUCUUAGGGAUGUCCUGCAGGGUGCUGAAGGGGUGUAUCCUGGAAGCAGCAUCCUGUAGGACAAAGAGAGGCAUUGAGUCCUGUGGGUCCCUAGGGCUCCCUGAGGACAUUGCGUUUGGGGAAGGAGUAGGAGCACAGGAGGAAGGGGUGGGGGCUGCUCUGCUCUUGAGGGCUCGUGGCUGGUUUUUCCUCUUAAUGCCCGAUGUGCUUCCUGCUGAAACCCGGUCAUCCCACUUUGGGGUCUGACCUGCAUUCAAUAAAUCUUACUUGCCAACUUG